AUGGCCUUGGUUGCCCUGGGUCUUGGUUUCUGUGGAAGUGCUUCAGGACUAUAUCGGCAGCAAGCCACACAAGCCUUUGCUAUGGCGAUGCCUGCAGCUUUGCUGGUUGCGUCGGGCGCCAUGCUCCUUUUCUGCGCGCCAUUGAGCGAGGCGUAUUUGGAGGAUGUCGCUGCGGCCCUUAUGCCGACAACUCGGCCUCUCGAGGGUGAGAAGCUGGGUGGAUUUUUCUGCGAGUGUGGCCGCCUCCUGUGGCAACUUGGGCGGUUUACGUAUGUAUGGCUGGAGACAGGCGAGCGUCAGCGAUCAGGCCUCCCACGCAGGAUCGAACGAGCCUCGAUGCCUGUGCGUGCAUGCCCUCGCACUGAACUGCUGACGCUACGACAAGAAGUCCAGAGGAUGCAUCGAGAAGCAGAAGAAGUGGCAGAUCUGAAGGCUCAAGUUGAAACUCUGAAGGCGAACAAAAAACAUCGAGAGGCGAAGAGUAACGAAGAGUACAUAGGAGGCAGAUUUGCGAAACGUCUUGGACAAGAACAGACAGAUGACU